GUAACAGGAACUAUGGCCAAUGAACCCCAAAAAUCUGAUGAUAACGGUCAGGCUGCGGAGGCUGUGGUGACUGAUGACGAAAUAGUUUUGCAGGACCAACAGUUGAAGACAAUUGAAGAUGAGCAAAAAUCUGUUCCACUUGUUGCCACUUUAGCACCAUUCUCUAUUCUUUGUGCUGAAUACGACAACGAAACAUCGGCUGCCUUCCUUUCUAAAGCGACUGAGCUUAGUGAAGUGUAUGGAGAGAUCCGCUACAUUCGUGGAGACGGAAACUGCUUCUAUCGUGCAAUUCUCGUUGGACUUAUUGAGAUAAUGCUGAAAGAUCGAGCCAGACUCGAAAAAUUCAUUGCGAGUAGCAGGGAUUGGACUCGGACACUUGUUGAACUUGGAUUUCCGGAUUGGACCUGCACAGAUUUCUGUGACUUCUUUAUCGAAUUCCUUGAGAAAAUCCACAGUGGAGUGCAUACCGAGGAAGCUGUUUACACGAUUUUGAAUGAUGAUGGCUCUGCUAAUUAUAUUCUCAUGUUCUUCCGUCUCAUAACUUCAGCAUUUUUGAAACAAAACUCAGAAGAAUAUGCUCCAUUCAUUGAUGAGGGAAUGACAGUGGCUCAAUAUUGCGAACAGGAAAUCGAGCCAAUGUGGAAAGAUGCCGAUCAUCUGGCAAUUAAUUCUUUGAUCAAAGCCGCCGGCACAAGAGUUCGCAUCGAAUACAUGGACCGUACUGCUGCUCCGAACGGUGGUUGGCAUUACGACAUUCCAUCUGACGAUCAACAAAUUGCUCCGGAGAUCACACUUCUCUAUCGUCCAGGCCACUACGAUGUCAUUUACAAAAAGGAUUCGACUGAAGCCUCUGAAAUUGAGAAUUGAUUUCAUUUUACUGUAAAUUUUUCAACCGAUUCUCUUGUCUUCUCUCCCGAUGUGCUCUCUCUUUCUCAUCACCACUCCUUUUUUCAUAAUCGUAUUUAUUUUGCCAGUGAUAUGCUAGAUAAAUUGCAAAAUUAUCUC